GCCCAGCCAAAGGCGGCUGGCGCUGCCAAGAAGCGGCGACGCGGAAAGGGCAAAGCAAAGGCCCAGAGCCCCAAAGAGCAGGAAGAGCGCAAGGUGGUUGCGGACACCAUUGGGCGCUCCAUCCUGACAGCGAAGAUGAAAAAGACAAAGAUGUGCGAGUUCCACAAGGAGGGAAGGUGCAAAUAUGGUGCCGACUGCGCGUUUGCACAUACAGAGUCGGAGUUGCAGCAGGCCCCAGACUUGCGAAAAACACGGCUUUGCCGAGCAUUUUUGCAGGGGAAGUGCAACGAUUCCGACUGCAAGUUCGCACACGGCGAGGAGGAGCUGAGAGCCUGGCACCCGAGUGGAAAGCCACGAAAGAUAUUCGUGCCAGCUAUACAGCACUGGUGCACAAAUUGUGCAGGUUGCGCUAGGCAGGCAGUCUUUCACCCUCACGACCAUGCUACAAUGGUUCUUCAAAGUCUCAGUGCUGUGUCUGAUUGUAGAAUGGCUGGAGGUUGA